AAACAAGAAAAAGAGAAAAUAUAGGGAAAAAUUGGAGAUUAAAGAGGAAUUAAGGCCUAGAAUGAUAGGGAAUAUACCUGGAGGAUAUGGAUUGACAGAGUCACGGGUGGCGGCAUACGGAUAUCCGGGUUUUUUUAUGAAACAACCGGUAUUAUAUAAGCCAACCUAUCCACCGUUAGCAUCUAGGGAGAUAAAUCGAAGAAAAAUGAAUGAAAGGGUUACGACGUGGUUAGAAGGAGGAUCGGUAUCAUUAUUAAGUCAAGAAAAGGUGUUAAAAAAACAAAUAAUAGAAAAUAAAGAAGUUUAUGUGAAGUUGAUUAAAGAUUUAUAUCCAACGGAAGGAGUGAAAUUUGAUGAUGAUGAUGGACAUUAUAUUGUUAUACCUAAUUCAGACUUAACGCCGCGAUAUAAAAUUAUAAAGGUUCUUGGUCAAGGGACGUUUGGAAAAGUGAUUCAAUGUUAUGAUCGGUUGAAAAAGGAUUAUUGUGCUAUUAAAGUAAUACGAUCUGUUCAGAAAUAUCGGGAUGCGAGUAUGAUAGAGCUUCGAGUUUUACGUACAAUUAGUGAAAAUGAUCCUGAAAAUUUGAGAAAAUGUAUUCAUAUGAGAGAUUGUUUUGAUUAUAGAAAUCAUAUAUGUAUUGUGAUGGGUCUUCUUGGGAUGUCAGUCUUUGAUUUUUUAAAAAACAAUAGUUUUAUUCCUUUCCCUCUUUCACAUAUUCAGCAUUUUGCGUAUCAGCUUUUUACCAGUGUUGCAUUUCUUCAUGAUCUUAAUUUAAUACAUACAGAUCUUAAACCUGAGAAUAUCCUUCUUGUUCAUGCAGGAUUUCGUACCGUUCCUUAUACGAAAAAAUUAGGCGUAAAAGUAAGACGAUUAUUAAACAACACAGAAAUAAGACUUAUCGAUUUUGGAAGUGCUACUUUUGAAAAUGAAUAUCAUUCAAGUGUUGUAAGCACUAGACAUUAUAGGGCACCUGAAAUUAUUUUGGGAAUGGGAUGGUCUUAUCCAUGUGAUAUAUGGUCAAUCGGUUGUAUUCUUAUAGAAUUUUUUACGGGUGAAGCUCUUUUUCAAACACAUGAUAACUUAGAACAUCUUUUUAUGAUGGAAGUUAUUUGUGGAAAAUUGGAACCAAAAUUUAUAAGACAAUCUUCAAAAUCUGCUCAGAAAUAUUUUCGUCAUAGCGGAAAAUUAGAUUAUCCUAAUAAAGAUACAUCGCCUUCAAGUAGAAAGUUUGUUAAAACGAUGCGAUCAUUAAAAGAAAUCAUUCCUUCUACUUCACCUUUAAAGAUACAUUUUUUGGAUUUACUUACCAAAAUAUUUAUAUAUGAUCCUAAUAAACGAAUUACUGCAAAAGAAGCUCUUUCUCAUCCUUAUUUCUUUACUCCUGUUAGAGAAGAUGAUAUAUAAGUUAAAUUAUCUGAGUUUACUCUAUUAUUAAAG